UAACGUUGUACUUUGUGGUCGUAAACAUACGGCGCCGACAGCAUGAAAGAGGAGCUUGAAACACCUAAACUAAGCGAAGAAGAAGAAGAGUUGAAGAGGCUGCUAGUGCCAGAUGUUGCAACUCUCCCUCUAAAUCCCCCUUCUGCUGUUCAAUCUAAUUUUGUCACCUACUUUGCUCCUGAUUUCCUUAAACCAGGCCACGAUCAGUAUGUUCAUCGCCAUGCCAACGGCUUGUGUGUUAUUGGAUUGGCUUCAACUCACGUCGCCUUUAAGGAUGAAGGAGGCAUUACAUCAGUUGAUUUUAAUGUAGGCAAGUCUGAUCGCAGUGGAGUUAAGGUCACCGGCAAACGCAAGAAGAAUGCACAGCAUUUCGAGUCUAAUACAGCUUUAUGCAAAGUAUCGACUAGUGACGCAUCAUAUAUUGUGAGAUGUUGUGUAAAAGGUUCUCUCCUAGAAGUCAACGAGCGGUUAAUCAAGCAACCAGAAUUGCUUAAAUCAUCGGCCGACAGAGAAGGAUAUGUUGCAAUCAUAAUGCCGAGGCCUGCAGAUUGGUUAAAAGCCAAGGCUUCUUUGCUCACAUCCGAAGAGUACAAAAAGUUGAGAGUUGAUUGUACUACACAGGACUCUUCUAUCUCCUAGUUAUUUGUGCUUAACUAGAUCCAUUAUUCCGACUAAAGGAAGCUGAGUACUAAUAGAUCUAUAAUGACUUAUUUCUGUAAAUGAAUUAAUGAUUUUAGCAGGUGGAGUGUGUGCAUGGGAAGACCAAAUACAGGUAUAGCAUUUGAUAGAAGAUCAAAAAUGUUGUUCGAGUCUGUAUAAUUUUGAUCAUGUUCAGUCAUUAUGCUGUCAAAAUAUCUAAUACUCCAUCUUUAUUUAAUUCAAUAAAUAACAUUUUGACUUUUUGACACC